AUGGUCUCUGCCUCGACUUCGGAAAAUCUUGCAAAUACACCAAAUUCCCGAUGCAUCACCCGAAGUCGUGUCCGGGGUUGCCGUGCAGCUGCUGCGUCCAGGGUGAGUAGGAUCCUGACGCUCCCGUCGACGCCGCUCGGAGCUCUGUGGCAGAGCCUGUAUCUCUAUCGGAUCUGCAGGAGUAACGCGGCCUCGCCCCCAGACCCCGCGUGCAGUCCCAGUUCCUCCUGCCUGGCGGAGGGCGGCUACUGCAGCGACAUCUGCGGCGACGGCGACCGCGUGCUCUACGGCAAGUGCCACACGGCUGACUGCAAGUGCUGCGCCCCGCCCUGCAAGACGAUGAGCUCGUGCUUCCAGAAGGGCGGCUUCUGCGUCACCAGCGAGGCCUUCUGCGCCGGCACCGUCACGCAGGAGUGCCAGGGCUCGGGCUGCAUGUGCUGCGUGCCCAAGACGGAAGUAAUUCCCGACAUCUGCACUGCGAAUAGGAGCUGCAAGAAGCGCAAAGGGAAGUGCGGAAAGGAGAAGUGCUCGCCACACGAAGUGGAGAUCGAAGGAGGCUGCUCCGGCACCUCCUGCAGGUGCUGCGCGCCGCAGCUGCCUUGCAAAACGUCAAAGGCGUGCACGGGCAAGGGUGGCACCUGCGUCAACGCCAAGGAGUGUGCGGGUCCCAGCGCUGACGGAGUAAAGUGCAAGGGCACAGGAUGCGUUGCAAGGCGGGGAGUCCAUGCAACAAAGAUGGCCGGUACUGCACGACGGAAAAAUGCAAAGAAAGUGAGGAGGAACUUAAAGGCGGUUGCAAGGGAAGCAAUUGCCGCUGUUGCGCACCCUCUGGUUGCAAGCCGAAGAAAAGUUGUUCGAAGAGAAAAGGAUAUUGCACGAAGGAGAAAUGCAAUGCAGACGAAGAGGAAGUUAAGGGCGGUUGCCAGGGACCCGAUUGCCGCUGUUGCGCUCCCGGAGGUUGCAAGCCGAAGAAAAGUUGUUCGAAGAGAAAAGGAUAUUGCACGAAGGAGAAAUGCAAUGCAGACGAAGAGGAAGUUAAGGGCGGUUGCCAGGGACCCAACUGCCGCUGUUGCGCUCCCGGAGGUUGCGAGCCGAAGAAAAGUUGUUCGAAGAGAAAAGGAUAUUGCACGAAAGAGAAAUGCAAUGCAGACGAAGAAGAAGUUAAGGGCGGUUGCCAGGGACCCAAUUGCCGCUGUUGCGCUCCCGGAGGUUGCAAACCGAAGAAAGGUUGUUCGAAGAGAAAAGGAUAUUGCACGAAGGAGAAAUGCAAUGCAGACGAAGAGGAAGUUAAGGGCGGUUGCCAGGGACCCAACUGCCGCUGUUGCGCUCCCGGAGGCUGUAACACAACGAAAAAAUGUAAGAAAAACAAAGGGUCCUGCUCUAAGGAAAACUGCAAGAACAACGAAAGAGAAAUUCCGAAAGGUUGCAAAGGCAAAGAUUGUCAUUGCUGCGUUAAAGACGGACCAACAACAACAGCAAGACCAACUACAUCAAGACCAACAAAACCAACAACAACAUCAGAGAAUCAAACCUCUCUUAAAGCUGAAUUCUUUUACUUAUGUGCAUGUGUCCACAGGAAGGGACCUGGGAACAUACCUUUCAAUCUGUGUUGAUAUUGUAUAUGCCAAGAAGACUUCAGCGUCCAGGAAGCUCUUGACACAAGACUUGACCCAAAAGUGUCAGGAACAAUCACCUAUAUUUCUCAAACAAAACACAAGUGAUCUUCAGUGCUUAGGAGAGCUCAAAUUUCUGACAGAUGUCAAAGUUACUGUACCCACUAGACUCUCCCUCUCACCACAGUGUUCAGAUCAUGCUUUUGGGUUGCAUGCAAGGCCACAGGUGAGGACGGAGACUCUCACCACACACCCCUACCACCACCAUCCUAACACUUUGUUUUCUUACAUGGACACUAGUCGAUGA